AUGCCAGAGAUUCAAGAAGAAUCAAUCAAUUGCGGUGAAAGUUCCACUUGCCCCGAUUUGACCACUUGCUGUCGAUUGCCGAACCGCGAAUGGGGUUGCUGCCCUUUCCCAAAUGCAGUAUGCUGUCAAGAUCAUAUUCACUGCUGCCCUCAGGGCACACAUUGUGACCCUGAAGGACUUCAGUGCCUUAAAUCAAAUGGCGAAAUAUUCCUACCGGGAAAGAAAUCCAAAGCACAAGCAGUCACGGAAGAAGACGAAAUUAUUUGUCCAGACCGACGGAGCAAAUGCCCUUCAGGAAGUACUUGCUGUAUGCUUCUGAGUGGGAAGUAUGGUUGUUGUCCAGCAGUAGAAGCAAAUUGCUGUGCGGAUCAUCUGCACUGCUGUCCAAAUGGCUUCACAUGCGACACCUCCGGACAACGGUGCAUCCAUGAAAAGGCAAGAACUUCUUUACCAUAG